UCCGCCGGGCGGCUCGUCGUCGUGCCGGGGGCUCCACUCCCGCGCGCCAGGCGAGCGAGCGGGCAAGUUGGCUGCGGCCGUGCGCCGGCGCCUCUUCCCUUCCCCGCCGCGACCCUCGGCGGCUCGAGCCAUGAACUGAAGCCCCUCGGGACGCACACCCCGGGCUGAGCCGCGGACGCUGCAGCUGCGGUGGCAGCCUGGGCUGGGACAGAGCCGACCCCGGCGCGUUAUCCCGGGCGGCCGGCUGGCCGUCGCCGCUCCCACCGCGGCCGCCUCCGACGCUCCAGCCUCCGGACGGACACACAAAAGCCACCCUCUCCCUGUCGCCCACCCUAGGAGGCUGCGGCCGGCCACUGACCCCACCUGAGGGCGCAGCGGGCUGCGGACUUGGCUUUCUGUCCGAGCUCCGCGUCCCACGCGGCACCAACCCCGCCGCCCAUGGCUCUGAUAAUGGAACCAGUGAGCAAAUGGUCUCCGAGUCAAGUAGUGGACUGGAUGAAAGGUCUUGAUGACUGCUUACAGCAGUAUAUUAAGAACUUUGAGAGGGAGAAGAUCAGUGGAGACCAGCUGCUACGCAUUACACAUCAGGAGCUAGAAGAUCUGGGAGUCAGCCGUAUUGGCCAUCAGGAGCUGAUCUUGGAGGCAGUCGACCUUCUGUGUGCACUGAAUUAUGGCUUAGAAACAGAAAAUCUAAAAACCCUUUCUCACAAGUUGAAUGCGUCUGCCAAAAAUCUACAGAACUUCAUAACAGGAAGGAGGAGGAGCGGCCAUUAUGAUGGGAGGACCAGCCGAAAAUUACCAAAUGACUUUUUGACCUCAGUUGUGGAUCUGAUUGGAGCAGCCAAGAGUCUUCUUGCUUGGUUGGACAGGUCACCAUUUGCUGCUGUGACAGACUAUUCAGUCACAAGAAAUAAUGUCAUACAACUCUGCUUGGAGUUAACAACAAUUGUGCAACAGGAUUGCACUGUCUAUGAAACUGAAAAUAAAAUUCUUCAUGUGUGUAAAACUCUUUCUGGGGUCUGUGACCACAUCAUAUCCCUGUCGUCAGAUCCUCUGGUUUCACAGUCUGCUCACCUUGAAGUGAUUCAGCUGGCAAAUAUCAAACCAAGUGAAGGGCUGGGUAUGUAUAUUAAAUCCACAUAUGAUGGCCUCCAUGUAAUUACGGGAACCACAGAAAAUUCACCUGCAGAUCGGUGCAAGAAAAUCCACGCUGGGGAUGAAGUGAUUCAAGUCAAUCAUCAGACUGUGGUGGGGUGGCAGUUGAAAAAUUUGGUGAAUGCACUACGAGAGGACCCGAGUGGUGUUAUCUUAACUUUGAAAAAGCGACCUCAGAGCAUGCUUACCUCAGCACCAGCUUUACUGAAAAAUAUGAGAUGGAAGCCCCUUGCUCUGCAGCCUCUUAUACCUAGAAGUCCCACAAGCAGCGUUGCCACGCCCUCCAGCACCAUCAGUACACCCACCAAAAGAGACAGUUCUGCUCUCCAGGAUCUCUACAUCCCCCCUCCUCCUGCAGAACCAUACAUUCCCAGGGACGAAAAAGGAAACCUUCCUUGUGAAGAUCUCAGAGGACAUAUGGUGGGCAAGCCAGUUCAUAAGGGAUCUGAAUCCCCCAAUUCAUUUCUGGACCAGGAAUAUCGAAAGAGGUUUAACAUUGUUGAAGAAGACACUGUCUUAUAUUGCUAUGAAUAUGAAAAAGGACGAUCAAGUAGUCAAGGAAGACGAGAAAGCACACCAACCUAUGAAAACUCUCUAUUCCGAUACAUGAGCAAUGAAAAUUGUUCAAGAAGAAUACAUGUUUCAGAGAAAAACAGCAAAAAGGACACAGGGAAGAAGUCAAAAAAGAAGGGUGAUAAGAGUACUAGCCCAACUCACUACUCCUUGCUGCCUAGUUUGCAAAAUGGACGUUGAGACAAGACAUCAUGGGCACCAAACCCAGAAACCACACCGUACCAUACAUUUCAGCAGUCCUCUCUGCAGCACAAAUCAAAGAAGAAAAACAAAGGAGCUAUAGCAGGCAAGAGCAAAAGAAGAAUUUCUUGCAAGGAUCUUGGCCGUGGUGACUGUGAAGGAUGGCUUUGGAAAAAGAAAGAUGCAAAGAGCUAUUUUUCACAGAAAUGGAAGAAGUACUGGUUUGUCCUAAAGGAUGCAUCCUUGUACUGGUAUAUUAAUGAAGAGGAUGAAAAAGCAGAGGGAUUCAUCAGUCUGCCUGAAUUUAAAAUCGAUAGAGCCAGUGAAUGCCGCAAGAAAUAUGCAUUCAAGGCCUGCCAUCCUAAAAUCAAAAGCUUUUAUUUCGCUGCUGAGCAUCUCGAUGACAUGAACAGGUGGCUUAAUAGAAUUAACAUGCUGACUGCAGGAUAUGCCGAAAGAGAGAGGAUUAAACAAGAACAAGAUUACUGGAGUGAGGAAAAGAAGAAGCAGAUACCAUCAACACCAAAACAAGACAGUCUUCCACCCCUGAGACCUCUCAGUCCUCAGUCUUCACGAGGAAUUAGACAGGAAGUUACUGGGAGCAGUGCUGUCCCCCAUUAUCAUGCAAGACAGCCAGUCAGCUGCUCCUGGCAGGGAUUUAAUCGAGACACCACACAAGUUCUAGGCUUACACUCAUCUUCAGACUCUGCCUCCCAAGAUUCUGCCUCUGACUCGGCAGCCAUCCCUGAGCACAGGCGACAGUCCACUCUUCCAACUCAGAAGUGCCACCUCCAGGAUCAUUAUGGCCUAUACCCUUUAGCUGAGAGCAAGAGGAUUGCAAGUGUUGACGGCAAUGGGGGUGCCUCGAGUUUUACUCUGCUCCAAGAUAGGUUCAACCAUUGCUGUCUGAACGCCACCAGUUAGUGCCUACGAUCCCAAGAUGACAUACAGCCACCAGAGGUGGAGGAAGAAGAGGAGGAGGAGGAAGAGGAGGCAGCAGGAGAAAACAUAGGCGAGAAAAAUGAAAAUAGGGAAGAAAAGUUAGGAGACUCCUUGCAAGAUUUAUACAGGGCACUGGAGGAAGCCAGUCUGUCACCACUAGGAGAACAUCGCAUUUCAACCAAGAUGGAAUACAAACUAUCGUUCAUAAAACGAUGCAAUGAUCCUGUGAUGAAUGAGAAACUGCACAGGCUGAGAAUUCUUAAAAGCACUUUAAAGGCCAGAGAAGGGGAAGUAGCCAUUAUUGAUAAAGUCCUAGACAAUCCAGAUUUGACAUCUAAAGAAUUCCAACAAUGGAAGCAGAUGUACCUCGACCUUUUCUUGGAUAUCUGUCAAAACACCACCUCAAAUGACCCACUAAGUAUUUCUUCUGAAGUAGAUGUUAUCACUUCCUCUCUAACACAUACUCAUUCGUACAUUGAGACACACGUGUAAGUGCAUUCUCACUCGAGGCCAUCUAGUACCUGCUGGUACUCUGAAUAAGUACAUAAGGUAGUUUUUUAUCAGUGUGUUGGAUACUUGACAAGCUAUACUUUAAUGUUACCAAACUAUAUGAAACAAAGCAUACAUGGUCACAUUACCACUGUCUUUAAAGAGCAUUUGUAUGUUUUAUAUGCAGUCAGUGCUCAGCUUAUGUUUACUGUGUGCAAAAUCAACUAUCUUUAAUGACUUAAAUUAACUUUUGCAGACAAUUCUGAAAACAGGUGAUCUUCAAGUAGAAAAAAACACAAAAAGGCAGUUUUCUAUUUGAAGUCAUCUCUUCUCCCUUUAAGUUAAUUUUAUAUAAAUGAGACUUCAAACGUAAAUCACAAUUUUUUCAGGUGCAGACAUCCUUGUGGGUGGGAAAGAAUUUAAACCUUUUUAUAUUUAUUAAAAUGUUCUAAGAAUUUUCUUAAACAUUGCACAAAGUUUAAUGCUGUAGUUUUAUUUUUAUGAAAUGUACGUGCGUAUAAGAGUUAAGCAAACUAGAAGAGCAUGAACAUAAGAAAAGUUCAGGUCGAAUAUCUGUCUUAACAGUCUAUUAACUCGUGCUAACUGGUUAAUGGAGGUUCUAGUCCAAAUCUAUGAGAACACUGCAUGGUGUAUCAGGGCAAAGCUUUGUAAGAUGUUUUUGUAACUAAGACCAAAAUUGAAGAUAGAGCUGCUUUAUUUUCUUGGUUUAAAUCUUCCUUUAUUUUUGUAGUGAUGAAAUGCUGAUUGUGUACAGAAGAACUUAAGAAUGGAUUUUUUAAAACAGACUUAACUCACCCAGAAAGGCAGCUAACAGCUACACCACACACACACACACACACACACACACACACGAUUUCAGCCCAAACGUGUCUUUUGACUCUUAACUCUUAAAAGACAAGGUAUACACUGAAAUGAGUCCAUUUUCCAGGCAGUUUCCAAUUUUCUCUCGGUCUGUAACUAAACUUCUGGAAUUAUACAUCAGGCACGGAAGCAAAAUGCAGUUUGGUGGUGGCAGAUAGAAGCUACAGUAGAGAAAACAAUGUUGAAAAAUCGUUAAUGGAUUUCUCUACUAAGGAAAAGAGACGAUAGCAGUCAUUCAGGGAGUUAUUACAUUGAGGAGCCUGAGAUCAAGCACUUAGAGUUUUUCCUAGAGUCCUGAACUGUUUAUAGAGAGGUGGAGUCUAUGAAAAAGUCCUCUUCACAUAUUGCCAUUUCUGUGUCUAGUUUUGGAAAGUGACCACAGCAUGAAAGUGACUUGCUGCUUUUUAGUGUGUGGCUGCAUAAUAUACAAGUCACAAUUUGCUGUUUUUUCAGGAGGAAAAGACCCUCCUUUACUAUUCUAUAUCCUAAAAUCUACUUCUGAUCAGCUUUAUCCUGUUGCCUGUACAGCUCAGUGAAUGUAUUUACAUCUCUAAGAGUUCAGAUAUAUGCCAGUGAAUAUUUUUGCUGUAGAGAAGAAAGUAAAAACUACACAGCGGGAUCUUUUUCUUUGCUUUUGAAAUCACGUUAAAUCACUCUCGUUUUGCAGACUUUGCACAACUGUACAGGAAAGUGGCCUUUCUACAGCGCAUUUUCAGUAAUCCUAUAUUUAGUCAAAAUGGAUGAGAAACAUGCAUUAAUGUUUGUAUGGAAUUGUGGGUCCCGUGUAAUAUUUUUAUCAUUUAGAAAACCCUAUUUGUAAAAAAAAAAAAUUUAUUUACUGCAUGGUUAUUGACGCACAUUAAAUUUGUGGGAUUUUGUAUAUGUAAAAGAAAGAGAGAAAGAGAGAACAAAGAACAAAACCCCUCUUGUGGUAAAUUGAAGUGUGCUUGUUACAAUUCUUUAGGCAUAUUGAUGUUUACUAGACCAAUGUGUAUCUUCACUUAAAAUUAUUUGUACAUGACAGAUAUGUUAUAUACAGUGGACAAACAGCCUGCAAGCAACAGGCAGUUGGUGGGAAGACUAGCUCUGUGGCUAGUAAGCAGCUUCUACUUUUGUAAAGUCAGCUGUUAUUUUACUGGUAAAAAAUUAAACUCAUGAAUUUUGUAAGACUGGUGAGUUAUCAGCCUAGCCUAGCGUGAAAGAGACCUUUUAACACUAUAUAUCUGUGCAUUUGAUUGCAUUAGUUUCAAAUCUAGGAGAGAGGCAGCACUGUAAACUGAAGUCAAAUAAAUUCAGCUCUUAAUGAAUCCUUA